AUGAAGUCUGUCAGUCUUGAUGGGUUGGAUAAGACACAAUCACUAAUUUCACACCUUUAUCUUCUUUUCUAUCGUGUUUUUCUUUUCCUCUCCACUUUUCAAUCUUCACGUAAAUUCUUCUUUUCGUCUUUGGAUUUAAAUCUUGUUUCGUUUUCUUUUUUCUUCUUUUUUUCUUUGCUUUUUUUCUCUUUUUUCAUCUUUUUCAAUGUCGAUUUUUACAUAGUGUUUUUUCUUUCAUGUAUUUCAACUCCGCCAUAUCUUUUUAUUCUUUUCCGUUUUUUUCUUUUUAUUAAUCUUUCUUUUUAUUAUCUUAGUUGUUAUGUUAGACUUCUUUUUCACUCGUCACGUCUUUCUUCUUUUUCUUUUUACUCUUCCUUCUUCUCGUCCUCUUUCUUUAUUCUAUUCUGUCUUUCUCUUCAUCUCGUCACGAUUUUCCUCUUAUUCACACUCUUCUUCUUCUUCUUCUUCUUCUUCUUCUAA